UAGUAACUUGUAACAGUCAUAUAUUUGUUAUUUUUAAAAAGUUAAAACUUUUUUAAUAUAUUUAUUUGUCGAGAAAGAUAAAAGCCCACCACCAUCGACCCUAAACCCGACCCACGGCCCACGGCCCACCGGAGCUUUCACUCGCCAUCUCCUCUUCGUCACCCCCAAAGAAAAUGGGGGAAAAAUAAAAUUUGUUUAACCCUAGAACGAGACAAGAAGGAGCAGUGGCGACUCUGUGAGUGACAGUGCGCUGAAAACUGUCAAAAAGAAGAAGGGGGCAGAGUCAGAGAAAGAGAACGAGAGAAUAGGCGCUUCAUUUUCCCUCUCUUUUCAAAAAACUCCCCCCCAAAAACCAAAACCCAAACCCAAACCCAAUCUUCUUCCCUCCCUCUCCACUACAAUGAUCCCACUCUCCCACCGCCAUUUCCAUAAACUCCCUGCAGCAAGCCAGGACGGGGGAAGAAACUCGAAAUUUCGCAGGAUCCGGAAUCUUCUCCUCCCCAAAUUCAAGCUCCGUGUGCUUCCCUCCCUUCUCCGCGGCGCCCGCAAGGUCAAACCCUCCUCCAAGUCUUGCAAGAGAAGCUGCUCCAGAUCUUUGGUGGUCACCCGUUUCUUGACCAUCCGGAAAACCCAUUCCGGCCCUCCUCCUCCUCCUCCUUCGACGGCGGCUAUGACUGAUUCUCCUCCUCCUCCUCCCUCCCACGGUGGGGGUCUUGCCGGCGGUGGUCCCCAUUCGCCCGAAACCCUAGCUUUAGUAGAGCUGCUGCAGCUGUCCGAUCCCCCGGAAGACAAAGGCCCCUGGAGAAUUGUAUCAGGUGAUGUUCACGACCUUGAUUCUGGGCAAACCCUAGACCCCGCCGGUCUGGCUCGUCCCGAAAUCGGGGCUUCUUCGAGUCGUGGGGGUUUUUCAGGCGGGGAUGGUGGUGACGGAGUUGUUGAUUUCAAGUCUGCUUUUACUUCUUCGUCUGGAAAUGCUGCCCAAGAGUCGGCGCUGGAGGCGCAGCCGUCGGAUGGGGAAGCUGUUAUAGGGGUGUCAUCCGCUGCCCCCUCUGGAGAAUUGGGGUCGGAUGAUGAUUGGGGGGACUAUCAGGGUCCUGGGUCUCCUAUGGAAACGGAAGCUGGAACCAGUGCCCCUUCUUCGCCGAAUGCCAAGUUCAGCGAUGGAGAGCUUGAUCGUGACGAGGGCGACUCGGAGUACUUCAAUCAGCCUCCCCUCGUUGUUUACGCUCAACGUUCUGGUUUUGGAGGCGAUGGCUUUCAUUGCCGUGGCUGUCCUGCGCGCAAUGGAUAUGGUUUGUGGUGCCAGUGCUCGCUCCGGCUGGAUAGAGGCCGCUCCGAUUCAGAAGAUGAAGAUGAUAGGCGUAGGGAUUUUUUCUGUCCCCGGAGGGAAGAUGAUAGGCCUUUGGGCUAUUUCUGGCCCCGGAGGGAACCUGUUCCUACUGGCAUGGGUGCUGGGCUUGCAAACCUUGGAAACACAUGCUUCAUCAAUGCGAUUUUGCAAUGCUUUACACACACUGUCCCUCUUGUCAAGGCUCUACGAUCUCACAAUCAUUCAUUACCUUGUGACCGAGGUACUGAUGGAUUCUGUGUUCUUGAUGCACUUCGCGAUCACAUCGAACGUUCUCUGACUUCUUCGGGAGAAACUAUUGCUCCCCGGAAGCUUUUCGAGAACUUGAGCUGCAUUUCAUCCUUUUUCCAAAGAUACCAUCAGGAAGAUGCACAUGAAUUUCUGCAGUGCUUGUUGGAUAGGCUCGAAAGAUGUUGUUUAGAUCCCAAUCCAGCUGAAGGUUCCUCUUCUUCAGAAGCUGAUAAUAUCGUGCAGCAAAUAUUUGGAGGUCGUCUUGUGAGCAAGCUAAAGUGUUGCAGCUGUGGCCACUUCUCUGACAAAUACGAACCUUUAAUUGACUUGAGCUUGGAGAUUGAAGACGUGGACAGCCUUCACGAUGCACUUGAAUCUUUCACUAAAGUGGAGAAGAUAGAAGAUCCAGAAACAAAGCUAUCGUGUGAUAGUUGCAAAGAAAAAGUUACGAUGGAGAAGCAGCUUAUGCUGGACAGGGCUCCUUUAAUUACUACUCUGCAUUUGAAGAGGUUCAAAACUGAUGGGCACUCGGUGGAGAAGAUUGGCAAGCAUGUUGAGUUUCCUCUGGAGCUGGAUUUAGCGCCCUACUCCAGUGAUGACCAGAAUGACAAUGAGGGUUUGAAGUAUCAACUGUAUGGAGUUGUGGUGCACAAUGGUUUUUCACCUACCUCUGGACACUACUUUUGCUAUAUAAAGUCGUCACCUGGAAAAUGGCACAAGUUGGAUGACUCAAGGGUCACUGAAUGUCGCGAAGAAUUUGUAUUAUCUCAAGUUGCAUAUCUUCUAUUGUAUGCCAGAGAAGGUACACCUUGGUUUUCAAGUUUAAUGGACUCACAAAAGGUUAAUCAAGAGUUGGGCUCUUCAAGUACGUCGCCAAAAUCUGUUCUACAAACCAUGGAAGUUGAGGAGUAUACUUCAUCUGAUAAUAACAGUAAGGAAAAUGGUGACCAUUGUGAUGCUGCUGCUUCUGUUUUAACUGGAGAUGAAGCAGUAAUACUCGAGCCCAAAAUCGAUUCUCCUCGUGAACCAGUAGUGCAAGAUAAACAAGUUGAGAUCCUUGAGCAGAACGAUGGUAAAGGCCUUGAGGAAGGGCCGAGUUUUUGUGACGACGAGACCAAAGGUGCUGCAAAACCAUCGUCUUCUCCUCCUCCUGCUGCUGAUGACAUUCACCAGGCAACAAGAGAGCCUCAGGAUUAUGGCACUUUCAACGACCAGAACUUGCAUCCACAGCUUCUCGCCAAUCCAAAUGGCAGUGGCCAGACUUGCGAGAAAAGUGUCAGAGAUGAUGAUGGUGGUCGGCUUUUCCAAUCCCAGAUACCCUUCACGCAUUCAGGUCGUGCUACCAAUUCCAUAAGACUACCAGAAACCAGGUAUAGGAAUCCAAGAGAUCAGCAGUGCAAGGCUGGCAAUCUUGCAGCCGAGGAGAGACUAUCGAGAAAGGGAUGCAAGGAUCCACAGACAAGUGAAGCUGUUCGGUACAUGAACAAGACGAUGUCUUCUUCCAGACGGAAUCAGUUGAUGGCGGCAAUUGAUCUCCCAAACGAAGCGAAGAAAGGAGGAUUGAGAUCGACGAUGUGCAGUAGUAAGAGGUCCAGAUCUGCGGAUCCCAGCAGGAGAGUGCUGCGCCGGACUGAAGCCAUGCGAUGAUGAAUUGAUGAUGCAUCGGUUAUAGUAGUAGUAGGACGAGGGGAGCUGUAACUAGCAAGAGUGAAAUGGGAAGAAUGUAAAUGCUUUUGCUCUGUGAACAACUAGUUCCAAACUAUGGAAAAAAACACGGAGCUCAUGUUGGCUCUAACUUCUCUUUUGACGAGACCUAGUAAGAUUAGCUUGUUCAACAUGUCCCCAAGAAAAUAGCCUGACAAAAAGGUGUCACCUUUACUAAUUACUACUACUAACUUCUGUAGCCUGUGGGUAAUCAAAAAUUUCGAACAACUUAGUCAGGAUAGGGGUGACAACAAAACCUGAACCAACGAGCAAUGCAGUCAAAAUCGCGCUUUAAAACUUAAAAACUUACGAUUUUACGCUUCUAGGUGACCAAAACACUUUCGUUUUCAUUUAAAAUCUUUAGUGUGUAAAAUCGGACUAAAUUGCGUUUUAAAGC